AUGACACAGGGCAUCCACUCCAUGAGCACCAUGCUCUGUCACAAGCCGCCUCGAAGACAUCGCCGUCUCCCAACAAUCCCAGUCCUUUGGAAGCGCCCUCAAGUCCCCCACAUCCAACACCCACGAGGGCCUCGCCGGCCAUGUCCCUCCCCCACCUCCACCCCCCCCCCUGCAGCCGCGCCUGCUCAGCAGGAGACCCCUGUUCUCACCCCUAUCGUGCAAGCAUACCAGGACCAGAUCCUCAACGGCGCCCUUCAAGAGUUCUUGCGAAAGUCCAAGGAGGUCGGCGGACUGGUAGCUGAACAUUCUGCUCUCUUUGAGCCCCUUGUUCAGUCUCAGCUCGAGUUCCUUCAACUAGCUUCUGCUCAUACCAAGCCCUCGCCGACGGCUUUUGCCCCCCUUCUUGAGCCUCAAGCCAAAGCCAUCCAGGCGAUCAUGGAAGCCAAGGACAAGCUUGGUAGAUCCAAGGAGGGCAGGGAGUGGGGCGUAUGCUUCAACGUCUUGGGAGAGGGUGUCCCUGCUUGGGCCUGGGUUCAAGUCGAGCCUGCCCCUGUUCCUUAUGUCCUUGAAACCAAGAAUGCUGCUCAGUUCUGGUCUGACCGUGUCAUCAAGCAGUUCAAAGAAACAAACGCUGCUGCCGUGGCCUGGGCCAAGUCCUUCCUCGCCCUCAUUGCUGCUAUUCAAACCUACGUCAAGGAGUGGCACACCACUGGUGUAACCUGGAACCCCAAGGGCUCCCCUGCGCCAGCUACCUUCCCCACAAAGUCUGCCUCUUCUGGCGGUGCCCCUCCUCCUCCUCCCCCUCCACCUCCCGCCGCUGCUUCCCUUUCCGCCCCCGCUGCUGCCCCGGCUGCCGGUGGCCAAGCCGCUCUCCUUGCAGACCUCAACCGCGGCGGUUCCGUCACUUCCGGGCUACGCAAGGUCGACGCUUCCCAGCAGACCCACAAGAACCCUGAGCUGAGGGGUGGAAGCACCGUGACUGAAGCUGGAGCUGGCGGUAAGAAGCCUCCUGCACUCAAGCCUAAGCCUGGGUCGUUUGUUGCUGCGCCGCCCAAGAAGCCUGCCAGGCUCGAGUUGGAGGAUGGAAGUCGAUGGAUCGUUGACAACCAAGAAGGUAACAAGGCGAUCAAAAUUGAAAACACCGAGCUUCACCACACUGUGCACAUCUUUGGAUGCAAAGAUUCGGUCGUUCAGAUCUCUGGCAAGAUCAACGCCAUUUCUAUGGUUGGGUGUAAGAAGACCGCCAUUGUCCUCGAAUCCGCUGUGUCCUCCCUAUCGAUCACAUCGUCUCCAUCCUUCGAGGUCCAGAUCACCGGUACCAUCCCCACCAUCCAAAUCGACACCACCGACUCUGGCUCCAUCUACCUUUCCAAGGAGUGUAUGAACACUGUCGAGAUCGUCACCAGCAAGACGAGCAGUAUCAACAUCUCGGUGCCUACUGGCGAUGAGGGCGACUUUGAGGAGAAGCCUGUGCCAGAGCAGUUGAAGUCGAGAAUCGUGAAUGGAAAGCUUGUCACAGAGAUCGUGGAGCAUGCCGGGUAG